AUGUGCAUGGCUCUCAGCAUCGCCAUCGCGAAGAACAUGUACUUGACCAAAAAAUCAUGUCAAACGUUGCAGGUGCACAAUUCACCAAAUGGUCGCUUGUGCACCCAGGCACGGUAUUUGGCCCUCACGAAGCACAUGUGUGGCCUGUGGCAUGUGGCAAUUUUUGGUGUUUUGAAGGAUGUUUCCAUGUUCGAGAAUUGCUUUCGCAAGCUCCGGGCUGUUACCAGACAGGAGGCAGCUUGCCAGAAUGGGCAUCCAGUUACCAGUGCGCUGCGUGCAUCAAAACUGCCAGGCUUCUUAUGGUGUGUGGGUCGAUGUCUGGAGUCCGUGCGGCCAGGAAGGUUGUUGCAGAUUAGCAUACAAAAUGAUCACAAUGUGACAUGUUUGUUCCGAGUUCCUGAAUGUGCAUGGCAGGAGGCCCGUGGGCUGAUACACCUGUCAGACAUGGACGAGGCCAAACUUGUUGCAUUGUUUCAUUGGAAGACCUUGUUUGGGUCUAUGCAUCAUGUCUUUUAA